UCUCACUCACAGUUUGGUCAUGUUUCUGCAAGCAGCAAAAAAUCUGUGGGAUCCAACAAUUUCUCUAAUUCUGAAUCAUCCAACUCUUCAUCUUCUUGAGAAAUGUUCAAACAAUGCACACUUCAAGCAAAUCCUUGCUCAAAUGUUCAGGCAUCACCUUCUCUUCAGAACCUUUCCCAUGAGCAGGCUUCUCUACUUCUCAUCCAUUGCCCAUCCUUGCCUUCUCAAUCAUGCCCUCCUCCUCUUCCACCAUUUCACUUUCAAUCCCAACCUCUUCAUCUUCAACACCAUGAUUUCAGCCCUGUCAUUCUCUGUUACAAAGUCUGUGGCCUUUUACAAGUCCAUGCUCCACUUGUCUGUUUGUCCUGAUGAGCACACUCUGAUUUCACUGUUGAAGUCUUCAAGGAAGGAUUUGUCACUGGGGAAGCAGAUUCAUGCUCAGGUGAUCAUUUUUGGAUUCAGUUUCCAUGCUUAUGUGCAUAAUUCUCUUGUGAAGAUGUAUUUGGAGAAUGAUGAGAUUGGUGUGGUUGAGAAGUUGGUGAGGCCAUGUGGAGACAAGAAAGACAUUGUUUUGUUCAAUAUCUUGAUGUCUUGGUAUGUGACAAAAGGAUGUUAUUUGGAUGCACUUGAGGUGUUUGAUGAAUUGAUGGGUUCUGGUGUUGAGCCUGAUCAGUACACCAUUGUGAGUCUUCUUGUGUGUUGUGGGCAGCUGAAGGGAGUGCUUGUCGGGAAAUCGGUUCAUGGAUGGGUGGUGAGGAGGAUGGGUUACCAAGGUUGGGGAUUGGUUUUGUGCAAUGCUCUUUUGGAUAUGUAUGUCAAGUGUGAGGAGAUGGGAAGUGCAAUGAACAUUUUUAAUAGAAUUAGUGAGAAGGAUAGUGUUUCAUGGAACAUUAUGAUAAUGGGAUUUAACAAUGUUGGGGAAUUUGACCUUGCGUAUAAAGCAUUUGAGGAAAUGCCCGAAAAGGAUCUGGUUUCGUGGAAUUCUCUGCUUUCGGGGUACUUGCAGAAAGGGAACUAUAAAAGAGUGAUUGAGUUGUUUCAUUUCAUGCUCUCUCAGAAUGAUGUUAAACCUGACAAAGUCACGGCUGUUACUUUGAUUGGUGCAGCAGCUGAAAUGGGGGUUCUGGAUCAGGGAAGAGUUGCACAUGGGUGGGUAUCCAAGUUUUAUGGAAUUUCUGAUGCUUUUGUUGGAUCAGCAGUGAUUGAUAUGUACUGCAAAUGUGGAAGCAUUGAAAGAGCUCGUGUUGUCUUUGAGAUGGUGUCUGAAAGAGACAUCACCUUAUGGACGGCCAUGAUGUCAGGUCUGGCACUCCAUGGCCAUGGGACGAAAGCUUUGGAAUUGUUCUGGGAUAUGCAGAGAGAAGGUCUAUUGCCAAACAAUGUGACUUUACUUGCUGCUCUCACUGCUUGUGCUCAUGGCGGACUGGUGGAUCAAGGGGUUAGAAUAUUUCAAAGCAUGAAACAUGUUUAUGGUAUCACACCUGGAGUUGAGCAUUAUGGUUGCCUGGUUGAUGUUCUCACGCGAUCAGGACGGUUAAUGGAGGCAAUGAAUGUAAUUCAAAUGAUGCCCAUAAAGCCGAGUUCAUCGAUAUGGGGGUCUGUUUUAAGUGCCGCUAAAACUUGUAGAAAUAUAAAGCUUGCAGAGGAUGCUUUAAAGGAACUUGUAAAGUUGGAGCCUGAGGAAGAAGGUGGCUAUAUUUUGCUUUCCAAUGUCUAUGCUGCAUGCAGGAGGUGGACCUAUUCUGGAAAGAUUAGAGGGGUCAUGGAGACUAAAGGAGCUAAAAAGUUGCCCGGUUGCAGUAGCGUGGUUGUCAACGGGCUUGUCCAUUAUUUUUUUUCUUCGGAUAAGAGACACACAAGAUGGCCUGAUAUUUAUAUCAUGUUGUGCAACCUGCAUAGGGAGAUGAGUUCAGGUGAAAGUACUUCUCAUGUUUUCGGAUCAGUUGGAACAGUCAGCUGUGCACUGAGGGAAAAGUAUGCACUUGAGCUGAUGGAUGUGAUGUCAGGGGACUUUUUGCCUUACCUUUGAAAGGAAAUGCCAUGCCCCCCAGUUGGUUGAAGAAGGGUUUUGUUCUCACCAGAUGGACAAUUUCUUGGACUAGGGAUCUGCUAAGCAAGUUAUGCGAGUCUUGCCAGUGUCGAAGGGUUGUAUCUACUUACAUACAGAAUGGGGCACACAACCAAAGAAAAAUUUAUUCCGACUUUUAACAUUGACAAGAACCAAACCACAUGGCAUUCUAAUCUAUACUUUGUGCUAAGCAUGGUGGCUAAUGUUCCUCUGCUGUCAAAAGAGCUUGUUAACAUAUUCAUGGGAAAUUAUCCAGGAUCCUUCAAUCCCAUGCAUGGUUUUUAUUUUCUGCACUUUAUGAGAUCAAGGAAAAAGAAACUGGUCCAUGGACAUCAGACAGCAAUAUCCUGCAACAAGAAGUUCAUAGAAAAGAAAGUUCUUAUAAAGACCAUGUACACCACCACCACCAUUAUCCACACUCAUUAUCAAACCGAAGAUCCGGCAAUGAAGCCCGAAGAGAACACUCCUUCGUAGGCUAAACAUUUCAAGUGUGCACGUGCCCGUCAAUCACUCCUCAUUCUGUAAAGCUGUUGUGAUUCUUUUUUAUGCCAAAAAGUUUGCAAGAAAAAGGUGUUACUUUGUGUUUUCUAUGCCAUUCUGAAGAUGAGGGUCUGCAAUUAAAGGUAUGUAGAUCAGUGUGUUGCUUUUGUUUGGAGAGCUUUUUUCUUUUAUUAUCUUCUUGGCAUUUGGUGCUUAACUUAAAGUUAUGGACCUUUAUAUAUAUAUAUAUAUAUAUAUAAAGCAAGUGUCCUAUAUUUUUACUACAUUAUUGAGUUUGAUGUGUUCUUUGUACUCUUUCUUCU